AUGUCCGCCGCCGGAACCGACUGGGACCUGCUCUCUUCGUACGCGGGCCUCUUGUCGCUGGCAUGCGGUUCCAUCUAUGCAGGCGCUCACGGUUCAUUAUCGAGCCGGAGUACCCGGUUAGCGGGAACCUCGACCCAUCAUGAAGAAGAGGAGGAAGAGGAAGACGAGGAGGUCGACCGCCUCUCGUCGCAAGAUGCUUAUCUAUUCCCCGUUAUCGGUUCCGCAGUCCUCUUCGGUCUCUAUCUUAUCGUCAAGUACUUUGGCAAGGAGUGGAUAACGUGGCUGCUGCAGUGGUACUUCACCUUUGCAGGCAUUGGAAGCUUCGGCAAAUCGCUAAUCUCCUUGUCACGAUGGGCUGUCGGUCAAUCACGAUGGCAAAAGUUCGAUAAGGUCCAGUUUCUUAUCCUUAAAGGAGCCAAGGAACAACUGUCUGUUUCGCUGCGCACCCCGUCACUGUUCCUCAUUCCGCUUGGGGCUAUACCGUCAUUCCUCUAUACCUUUGGAAAUAGCGCUACACGUCGCUCUGCUCUGCUCACGGACCUUCUCGCGCUCUCGUUCUCGCACAAUGCGCUCUCCUUGCUUAAGUUGGACUCGUUCAAGACCGGCUGCGUCCUUCUUUCUGGUCUCUUCAUCUACGAUAUAUGGUGGGUAUUUGGAACCGAAGUGAUGGUUAAGGUGGCCACCUCACUCGACGUUCCCAUCAAAAUCCUUUGGCCAAAAUCUAUGGUGUUCUCCACUGAGCGCGGGUUCACCAUGCUGGGUCUUGGGGACAUCGUCAUCCCGGGCAUGUUCGUCGCGAUGGCUCUUCGCUAUGACUAUCACAAAGCGGCGCAACGGCAAUCGACUGGCAGUGUCUCCAAAGUCUACUUCUUUGCUACCCUUGUUGCCUACGCGAGUGGGCUCUUCACCACGAUGGCCGUGAUGCAUGUCUUUAAGAAGGCGCAACCCGCUCUGCUAUACCUAAGCCCCGCAUGUAUCCUUUCCUUCGUCUUGACUGCGCUUGCGCGCGGUGAGUUCACGGAAGCAUGGGCGUGGACGGAUGAGUUGGAGGACAAGGCAGAGCACAAGGCCGCGGCAAAAUCACUGACGAACGGCAAGACCGAGCCAUCCCCAGAAGAAGCCAAGAAGCUCGACUGAGCUUUAUCAUCUUGACAUGUUGGGUACCGCAUCACAUAUCCAACCCGCACUAAAUUGUACCUGACGCUAUGAGACGAACGCUCUCUUCUAU